CGGAAAAAAUUAGCUUCGGGUUUUAUCUUCUUCGAAUUCAGAAGCCCCAUCUCUCCGUACAACAAUGGCGUCUAUGGCUACAACCACCAAUUUCUCUAAAUCUUUGCUUUUUCCUUCCUCUCAUGGAAAUGUGAGUUUGAAAUCGCAGAGAGGUAGUAGUAGUACUAGGACAUGGCCGAAUCAGCACAAUUCUAGAACUGGUUACAAAUCUCUCCGUGUGAAUGGACUAUUCGGAGGUGGUAACAAAGAUAAUAACAAUGAAGAUGGACAAUCUAAGGCAGGGAUAUUUGGUAAUAUGCAGAAUAUGUAUGAGACUGUGAAGAAAGCUCAAAUGGUUGUUCAAGUGGAAGCUGUUCGUGUUCAAAAAGAGUUAGCUGCCGCAGAGUUUGAUGGUUAUUGUGAAGGCGAACUUGUCAAGGUUACAUUAUCAGGUAACCAGCAACCAAUCCGUACUGAUAUAACCGAGGCAGCAAUGGAAUUAGGUUCCGAAAAACUUUCACAACUUGUUACAGAAGCAUACAAGGACGCACACGCCAAGAGUGUGGUGGCUAUGAAAGAAAGAAUGAGCGACCUUGCGCAGAGCUUAGGUAUGCCACCGGGCCUCAGUGAAGGACUCAAGUAAGAAGCUGUUUUUGUUGUCUUAUUCAGCUUUUCAGGUAGAAGAGGCAGAGAGCAUUGUACGUUCUUAUGGAUCAGACAUUAAAAUAUUCGAAACUUUUUUCUUUCUGCAAUUUUAUACCGUGGUUUAAUCUGGAA